AUGGACUACGCCGCCAAACGAAUGGAAUUAAACGACAACGACGAUGGUAACGAUACUGAAAGUGUAUCUUUAGAGAUUUGCAUCACAGACUUUUCUGGAAACGACUGCUAUAGAGAUGCGCGGUAUGCGACGUACGUUGAUUCCAGUCGAGACAUCGACGCUUUUCUGAUUGUAGUCGCGAAUAACCGAGGAGGGGACUUGAACAAGUCUUUGCGCUUGGUCCAGUCGAAAUGGUUCGAGGAAGUCGCGCGGUACGUGAACUCCGCGAAACGACAAAAUCGACGCUCACUUCCACCGUGCGUGUGUCUGUGCGUCCACGACUUUGUCGACGACGACGACGACGACAAAAAUAAACUUCAACCCGACGACGCUUUCCUCGAGCGCUCGCUCGAUGCGCUCGACGCUUUCGAUCGAAGACUGACGACGACCGCGUCGUCGUCCUCAAAGAGUACCACCACCGAAGGUUCCCAAGACUCGAGGAGCCAUCUCAGCAUCUCACCAGAACUCUCCAGUUUCGUCGCAUCUGCGAACGCGAAAACCGGUUGUAACGUCAAAUCAAUCUUUCAAAGACUCGCGAAGAGAGCGCUCGAGAGACGCGAGAGUUUCCGCGGUUUGGGCGGUUGA